AUGAAAUCCCCAUUACUCCUAUCCGGACAUCCUCGAGGAUACCUUUCACCCGCAGGUGAGGAGUUUCUGAGUCGCAAGGGUGUCUCGGCGAAUUGCCUCAUCAGCGGUUGGGCCGACGACUCGCAGCAGGCCGAACUCAGGAAAACCUCGGAGGACUGCUUUACCUGGAAUCCUGUGGACACAAGCCAGGGCGUGGGAGGCUUGCAGGGCAGCUUGGGCGAUGCUACCCAAUGCGUUCUCUACAACCUGAACCAGAAGUGGGGUUGGCAACCGGAGCUCGUGGGCUCUGGCUCCAACUCGGGGGGUCCCUAUGACACCUAUGGCGCGGGGACCACUGUCAUCGGGGUGGACACCCCCUCCGGCAAGUGGCAAUUCAUCUUGAAGAAGCCUGAAGGGGCAGGUGGUGGCUCUGGCGCAGGUCAGGUGGCAGUGACAGUUCAGAGCCUGCAUCGUGGGGACGCCACGCCUGAGCAGGAGACAGAUAUCCUCCACUUUGCGCAGGAGUGCUUCAGCAAGAGUGAUGUGGACACCUCGAACCUUGGCAACUUGCAGGGAAGUCUCGGCACCAACAUCGGCUGUGUCCUGCAGAAGUGCGAAGACAAGUGGGGAUGGAAACCCCAAAACACCCAGUCGGGCUCCCUUAACGCUCCGCCUUACGAUGUCUAUGGCCUUGGCGCCACCGUUAUCGGCGUGGACUCCCCCGCUGGGCACUGGCAGUUUGUCCUGCGCCUGAAGUUUUGA